AUGACCGUCGUGCUUGGUCCCAUCUUUUCCCAGGCGGCAGACUAUUGGGGACGCAAGUGGUUCAUUGUCAUCCCAACUCUCUUUGGCGCCAUUGGUUGCGUCAUUGUCUCUCGUGCUAUGGACAUCAACACGUGCAUCGCCGGCUUCUGCGUCAUGGGUAUUGCGUUCGGAGCUCAGCCUCUGCUUCACACUGUCUCUUCUGAGGUCCUGCCUCGUAAGUGGAGAGCGUAUGCUCAGGCUUCCGACAUGAUCUCCAACGGCCUCGGCAGCAUUCUGGGCCUGCUUGUUGGUGGUGCCUUCAACCGAACCAACAACCCGGCCUCGGACGGUUUCCGGUCUUAUUUCUACUUGGCUUUGGCCUUGUACGCCGUCUCUGCUAUCAUCUGCAUUGUCGCAUACAACCCUCCACUGAGGCCUCUGCAAAAGCAGCUCACCACAAUGGAGAAGCUUGGAAAGCUGGACUGGGUUGGAUACUUCCUCAUGGCAUCCGGUCUCGUACUGUUUUGCCUUGGUCUAUCCUGGUUGAAGAACCCUUAUGAAUGGUCCGACCCCCACGUCUGCGCAACUUUCGCCGUGGGUGUUGCGCUUUUCCUUGCUUUGGUGGUUUACGAGACUUGGUUCAAGAAGGAUGGUCUGUUCCACCACGGACUCUUCACCAACAACCGGAACUUCUCUCUCGUCAUCACCUGUGUUUUUGCUGAGGGAAUCGCCUUCUUCGCCGCAAACACCUACUUCGCCUUCCAAGUCAGCGUCCUAUACGAGACUGACGCGGUACUGGUCGGCACUCGUUACGCGUUGAUGUCUAUUGCUUCCAUGUUUGGUUCAGUGGCUUGUGGAUGGUACUGCGCCAAGACUCAUCGUCUGCGGUGGCUGACCGUCGGUGCUUUUGUCAUUUUCGUCGUCUUCUUCGCUUGCAUGGCCACGACAGAUCAGGGCUCAAGCAAGCCAGUUUGGUUCUACCCGGUUCUCCUUGGUCUCGGUCUGGGUAUGACGCUCACCACUCUGAUUACCGCUGCCCAGCUUUGCAUUCCACCGGACUUGAUUGCUAUUGCAAGUGGUCUCAUCCUGAGCGUACGUUCUUUGGGAGGUACCAUUGGCAUUGCCAUCUACAACGUCAUCUUCAACGAUAGCAUGAGCCAUAUGCCCGGUAACAUCGCCAAAGCCGUGAUUCCGGCUGGCUUUAACCCCGAGAACCUCGGCAUGCUCAUCGGUGGACUUACCACUCACAAUGACGAACUGAUCGCUCACAUUCCUGGCAUUACCCCCGAGAUUAUCGGAAAAGCUGCCAACGCCCUCCUGGGAACUUACGUCUCGUCUUUCCAAAAGGUCUGGAUUGCUGCCGCAUGUUUUGUCGCUGUCGCCGUCAUUGUUGCUGUGUUCAUCUUCGAUCCUAAGAAGGAGUUUAACAACCACAUUGAUGCCCCGCUUGAGAAGGAAGAGGCCAGUGUGUAUAGUGUCACCGCGUAA